UCAAGCGUUGUCGAUGAAACCGUCGUUUACGAUCACAAUUAUCACAGAGUCAUCCUUCCUCAUUAAUAGCAACUAACCAAAUUCUAAAAACUUUUUCACCCUCCAAAGUGUAAAGAAAAUCGUAGUGAUAUUCAUGAAAAUAAAAAAAAAUCUCAGGAUUAUUUUGAUUUGACGUCUCAGUGUUACUUUCAAUGUCUUCCACUGUUUAUGCAUCAAGAACGCUCAUUUCCACCUAAAAAUGAAUUCCAUAAACAAACAACAUCGAUGACAGACUUGUGAAAGUGUUAUCAUACAACCAGACUCCUAAAAAUGGGUCAAAGUGAAUAAAGUGUAAUUAACUCUGUAGAAGAGUCCCAACAUACAUUAUCAAUACUCCAAAACCGAUAAACAAAGUCACUCAUGUGACAUCUACAUAAAUGACUCGUCGAAAUCUCAAACAUCAUAAACUAAUUUAUUAAGUAGAAGAAAGUAGAUAAAGCAAGAAAAAAUUGUUUUGUUCCGCAAGAAAAAAAAGCAAUAGUAUCAGAAAUCGAAAAUGACAGAGUCCAAGCGAUUUACCACUGAUUGGGCUUCACCGAGUAUUCCGCACUGACCGAACCACUCCAAACAAUGUUAUCAAACGUGUCAGGUACCUCAAACACACCAGGCCCACCGGAGAGCCCCGAAAAACCUUCAAAAAAGUUGCCCGGUGCGUGUUCUCCAUGUUCCAAGACAAAUGAUUUAACAAUAGUCUCGCCAGACGAUAGAGCGAGACCCUGGAGGUCUCGAGAAUCUCCAGCAGUGGUGUCCGAGGCUCCAGCCAAUCCCGAAACCCAAAAUCCGCAAUCCAGUGACAUCCACAAUGUUCAUCACAUCGAGCAUAACCAAUUGAACGAGCAAGUGCCAAAAUCACCUCCGGUUAUAAUCUCUGCUCUCCAGAAAUGCUCUUCUAACUCAAAUUGCCGAAUGAUUAAUAAUAAAACAACGGAAAUAGUGACAGAAAAUAGUUCAACACCUAGUGCUUCCAUUUUAAGUAGACAAUCAUCGAACGAUGGAAUUAAGAAUAAAUUAAUUGUUAAAAAUACUGUGCCAAAUCGGAGAUCGGCAUUGACAAUAAAAUCAAGUGAUGGUGUGAAUGAUAAGUGUGGUGAGGAGGAGAGGGAAUUGAAUCCAUGUGAUUUGGUGGUAAAUUAUUUGGCUGACACGAAGAAAGAUCACAAGGGACGGAAUUUUAAGAAUUCCAAUUGUGGACAAUGUGCAUUGAAUGAUUUCAUAACGAGGGAUGGGAGGGGUCGAGGGGUUGAUGAGGACAAACUACGGGGAAGAGUGGGUGAGGAAGCAAGAGAAUGUGUUAGUAAUUAUCUAUUGACACACUCGGAAAUGCCGACUGAAUUACAGUCUUCCCAGAGGUGUUACAAGGAUAGGGAGAGAACUAGUGAUCCUUGGAGGCCUACAGAGCUUGAAGGAUCCAUGGGGUGUGUGGAGAAGAGUGUUGGAGAGGGUGACGGCAGCAAAAGGAGGACCGGUGCUUCUUGUCAGGCACUAAGACACGCUGUGGCGUCGUUGAAUCGAUUGGAUGAUUUUUAUAUGGAGAAAAUUGGAGCUGGAUUCUUUUCUGAGGUUUAUAAGGUCACCCACAAGGUAACGGGACAAGUGAUGGUCCUCAAGAUGAAUCAAUUACCAGCAAACAGGCCAAACAUGCUUAAAGAAGUACAAUUAAUGAAUAAACUUAGUCAUCCUAACAUACUUAGGUUCAUGGGCGUUUGUGUGCACGAGGGUCAACUCCACGCACUGACGGAAUACAUAAAUGGGGGUAGCCUAGAGCAGCUCAUAAUGGCGAGGCAUACUCCACUGAGUCAUUUAACACGAAUGAACCUCGCCCGGGACGUUGCACGUGGUAUGGCCUACUUGCACAGUAGAGGAAUUUUUCAUCGUGAUUUGACAUCGAAGAAUGUUUUGAUAAAACGAGACGAGGCAAACGGUGAUUUAACGGCUGUGGUCGGAGAUUUCGGAUUAGCAGCAAAGAUACCUGAUCCCAACUCGGGGUAUCGUCUGAGCACAGUGGGAAGUCCUUACUGGAUGUCACCGGAGUGUCUAAAGGGACACUGGUACGAUCAUCGUUCAGACAUAUUUUCAUUUGGAAUUGUUGUCUGUGAAUUAAUUGGACGAGUACCUGCUGAUCCUGAUGUACUACCGCGGUCCGAUAAUUUCGGGCUUGAUUACCUUGCUGUUGCUGAAAUUUGUGCUGCUGCUGAUCCACCACCUGCCUUUUUACAACUUGCCUUCAACUGCUGCACUUAUGAACCAAAGUCACGUCCAUUGUUUCCCGAAAUCGUAACGAUUCUGGAUAAUUUAAUAGCCGAGGAAGAAAAUAAAGGAAGCCUAAGUAACCGACAAUCAGUUGAUCCGGCGUUGAUAACCAGUAUAGAUGAAAUAGCGAGAAUAGGAAGGACAUUGAGAAGACGAACAGUAAAACACAGGAGUUUAUCUGCUGAUGCUAGAGGCUGCAAUAAUGCUACGCCAUCUGAUAAAGCCAGGUGCCACUCGGCGAGGCGAAUCGCCGAGUUAGCGAGUCGGAGGGAUCCACAUUAUCGCCCUAUGACUGCCAAUCCUUUUCAUGCCCUUGGUGGAGUCAAAAAAAUUCUUGGGGACUUGUUCUCAAGUUGUUUGGAGCUGCCGUCUCUCGAAGAUGUAAGAGCCAGUGUGACUGAUGGUGUUAGUGGAAAAUUCAAACCUGCGCAGAAUGAUAGUAUUGCAAAAAUCCUGGAUAGGAAGAAACCGAGUUCAGAGCCUAGCAGUCCUACGGCGAGAAAAAAGUGGGAAAAAAAGGUUGCAACAAAGGUGGGAGUAGCGAAUCUUUUUACACAUCCACUCUUCCGAGAGAGUUGGGAGCCGCGUCGCCGGUUAAGCUGCGAGUCAGGUUUCUGGAGCUGCGUCGGAGAGGAUUUGAGCCCAGAACCCCCACAUCGUCGUCACGCCUCGACCCUGAGCAGCUCAGCAGCGAGCAGUCUCUUCCUGUUGGACGACCACCGAACAAGCUCAAUAUACACCGACUCCUCAGAGGACAUUGCAAGUCUAGGGGGUGGGGACUCCUCAUGCUGGGAGGACAGAUUCGGAGGGAUUGGAUCUUCCAGUAAAACCAUUUCUAAAAUCGUCGAAUACUUCGAGAGGAAACAAGCAACUGCUGGGGCUCUCAGAAUUGGCUUUGAUCAUACUAUCGAGGCUACACCUAGUAGACUGGGUCUUUUACGUGCCAGCCUCGAAGGUACUGUACCUCUAUGUAAUAUUUCAGCUGCUCAGAGACUCGUCGUGUGCGAGGGCGCUGUUAGAAGUAAAUUACCCCUUUUUGAUAAAAAGUGACUCUUUCGACGCUUUCAAAACUGAAUUGUGAGUUUUCUCUUGAUUGCUUUGGAGAUAUUAUUAGUUUUUAUAGAAAAGCAGGAUAAAGAUAUUUUUGGGUUAAAGGAUAUUUCUGAGGAUAUUCUGAUUUUUCACUUAUAUGUAUCGAUUAUAAUGCCGAUAUCUCUGCUAUUAGUAGAUCCAGAAGGAAAUUUUUAAAUAUCUUUUUUUGUAGAAAGGAGACUCUUCUACAUAGAAGGUCUUUCGGAAAGUUGGAAUAAAUCUUUUACUUUUGGAAACCUCAGCAAAAUAAUAUGCCAAUUUGAUUUUAGUUUUUCACUUCUACAGAAUCUCCACUGAAAAUCAUUCGAGAAAUCAGUUGAACAGGUUCAUCAACGUAUCCCAUUUCCAUGCAUCAUUCGAAGUAACAUUUUCCUUCAGUUCCAACCGGUGAAUAAUCAGUAAAUCAUUGAUGUUGGAAGAAGUUUUUGCCUGGAAGUUCAUUUGGAUUGAACAAAACAAUUUAUUUUCUAUUUCAACAAAUUCAGGACUCAAGAUAAUCGUAGACCUGUGGUUUUCCGCUCAAAUUGAAGCUUCAAAAUUCAUUUCUUAUUUCUCGAAAAUAAUGUACUCGUCAAUUUCUUCCUGAAGUUAUGAGAUUUAAAAUGUGACUGUGAUGUUUUCUUAAUCUAAUGAUGAAAAUUAAAUUUGGGAGUUUUGAUAAAUCGUUAAGCCUCCGUCCUCUGUCUAAUAGUAAUUUUUUCGAGAAACAAAAAAUGAAGAAAAGUUUCGUAACAUUCUCGUCUGUUGUUAAUUCAUUCGAAAACCACGUUCACAACCUGAAUAUACAAAAAAUCAAUAAGGAAUUAGAACGAUUUUUUUAUUGAUCCAAUUAUUCCAAUAAAUAUUAGUGAAAGUGUUGCAAAGAGAUGAAGCAAUAAUUUAUACCGAACUCUUAGCGAAUCUUCGGAAGUAAUAAGUUUUGAGAGAGAUAUAAUGAAGACCUUCUUUGUAGCUCGUUGAAUCUUACAUAAAAAAAAUGUUGACAGCCCUCAUCAUCGAAAUGACUCAAUGGUUAACCGUUGCCCAUUUUCCAAAGAACAGAUCUUUUGAUUAAUUCUCGUCAAUCUAUUGAUUUCGAAGAUAUUCCAAAAAUUCUGCGUAAGAAAAUUUUUAACUCAUCUCAUUCUAUCACUCCACAACUUCAUAGAUUUCUGUCAUAGAAAAAAAAAUAAAGAAGGUGCAUGCUAUUUAUUAGGACAGUUUAUAAUUAAUUGUCCAUUAUUUGCAGACAAUUGCCAGAUGGAAAUCGUCCUCAAUAUUUUUGUUGAAUUUAGAAGGAAUAAUGAAUGUUAUGGGAUCCUAGUGUUGAAAAGUAUUAUUGACACAAAUCGUGUUUGAAAGCGUCUAUUUGAAACUGGUCUAGUCAGUGUAUUAAAGUGGCGGCCUUAUAUUUUGUAUAACUAUAGAUAUUAAGCAAAAACAUUUCGAAUAACUAAAUUUAUGGAAGUAAGACGAAAAACGUUGGAGUAAGGGUAUUAGAUGCUAUAAUUCUGUAAUUACAUGAAAAUAGGGAGACGUUAAUUCACCAAUUUUCUACGUUAUGUUUAGGAAAUUCAUCUGAACAAUAUGAAAAAAGAAAAGUUUAACAUUUUUCUUAUAUCUUCUUCUUUCUGUACAUGAUGAUGAAUCUUUCAUUUAUGAUCUACUUAGGAUGUCAACAAUUCAGAUCGGAAUUCGCCUCAAAAGGAGAAUCUCCGUUAAAUGAUACGAUCACCUCGUUGGUAAGUGAUGUUGCAAACAAAUAUCAAGAGAUAUUCUUUGGGUUUCAUACAAAUCGACAAUAAAUAUCUCUCAAAAAUUUCGCCACACAUCGCUUCUCUUCCAGAUAAUUCAGUAUCUUCCCGUCUAUUCAUUUUAUAGUACAAAAAUACAAUAAUUCAUGUGCAUAAUGUCUGCAAGCUCUUUUUCAUUGUGAAUUACAGAAUGCCAAGUUUUUGUUAACGGAGGAAAGUUCAUCCAAAAUAAUUAGAAGGAAUUGUAAACAUAGAUCAGACCUUGUAUUUUAUAUAAACAUGAAACAUACAGGUUUUUAACUACUCUAAUAUUUAUAAUAAAAUUAGUGAAAAAAUA